AUGCUGCGGGGCCGCUGGCUGCUGCCCGGGGCCUCGCUGGCCCUGGGCGCCGGGCUGGGCGCGGCGCUCGCGGCGCGGCGGCGCGGCGAGGCCGGCGGCGGCCGUGGGGGGCUGCUGGGCCGCCUGCCCGUGGUGCCGGUGCUGGCGGCCGCCGCGCCGCCGCUGCCCGCCGGCUCGGGCCGCGCCGAGCUCGCCAAGUACGGGCUGCCGGGGCUGGCGCAGCUGCGGAGCCGCGAGUCCUACGUGCUGUGCUACGACCCGCGGAGCCGCAGCGCGCUCUGGGUCAUCGAGCAGCUCAACCGCGACACGCUGCACGGCGCCUCCGACCGCGCCGCCUGCGACUUCCAGGAGGACGACUCGGUGCACGAGUACCACCGCGCCACCAACGCCGACUACCGCGGCAGCGGCUUCGACCGCGGCCACCUGGCCGCUGCCGCCAACCACAAGUGGAGCCAGAAGGCCAUGCGGGACACCUUCUACCUGAGCAACGUCGCCCCGCAGGUUCCCCAUUUAAACCAGAAUGCCUGGAAUAACCUCGAGAAGUACUGCAGAAGCUUGGCCAGGAACAACAAGAAUGUAUACGUCUGCACAGGCCCUCUUUUUCUGCCCAGGAUGGAAGCGGAUGGGAAGAUGUAUGUCAAAUACCAAGUGAUCGGGAAGAACCAUGUGGCUGUCCCUACCCAUUUCUUCAAGGUGGUCAUUCUGGAGAAGGAGAGUGGGGAGAUUGAGUUGCGCUCCUACGUGAUGCCCAACAGCCCUGUGGAUGAGCACAUACCACUUGAACGAUUCUUGGUUCCCAUCGAGAGCAUUGAGCGGGCCUCGGGGCUCCUGUUUGUCCCCAACAUCUUGAAGAAGACAAAUAACUUGAAAGCUAUCACAGCUGGGAACAAGCAUUGAACCUGACUAAACAAAUUAAGGUAUCCUCUGGCAGGGACUGUGACAGCAGUAGAUAGCAGAUUUGUGUUUCCUUGUGCAAUCAUAAAUGUGCUGAAUUAGAGUCAAAUCAAUGCUUCUCUGCAUGAAACUGGAGGAGGGGAAAUACUGAAAUGCAUGUGCAAGGCCAGUCUCAGUGGCAGGUCCUACAGGAGGUUCCUGAGCCCUUGACACUGUAGUAACAUCUCCAGGAUUUGCCCGCAAACUGCAGUACCAAGGAUGCUCCUGUAAAUUAUUCCCUUUGAGUUGUGUGUCGCAUUAAGAGACAAAGGGAAGUUACUUAAUUUCAGGUAUUUGGCAGGGAAGGAUAGGCGCAAGAUGGGUACAAGGGGAAGUCCCUGCCUUUCUGUGGCCAAAGCAUUGUAUAAUCUGUUUUCUUUUAGAAGAUGGUUUUAGCAGUAAAGCUUUGAAAACUCA